AUGUCGGACGCCUUCCAGGAGCUCGCUGAUAUCCCCAAGGACUUCGUCAAGGAUGGCAUGCUCUUCGUGAACCGAUGCACAAAGCCCGAUAAGCGCGAGUUCCUCAAGAUCAGCCAGGCCGUGGGAUUCGGCUUCCUUAUCAUGGGAGCCAUUGGAUACUUCAUCAAGCUGAUCGCCCCUUUCGAACAUCUCACCAUCAAGCCACAUAAAUCAAACGACAAACCGCAGCACAGUGGUUCAUUCAUAUGUGAAUGGCCACUUCUCCACAACCCACUUUCUACCUUUCCAAUCCCUUUCCUCGUCAUUCGACAUGAACAUAUGUCUUAUUGUUUGCAGCGAGAAAAACAGCAACCCAUUGGCGUGUUACGGACGGAUGGCAAAAAAAAAAAAAAAUAUGGUGGCUACCCUGAGGUUGAGGAGGCUUCAACUGCUACUUGGCGCUAUAUCAUCUCUAUCCUCUUUCGGGGACUUAUCUCACUAACUACAUAUUUUUACUUUCCAUGUAAAUUAUACGAAUAUACCUCCUUUUCCUUCUCCAAUGGACAUGGCUAG